AAAUGCAAUCAAAUGAUUAAUCUUUGCCAUUACUAAUGUUACUGGAUUUAUUAACCUACUUAGACUUAUUCACCGAAGCAAUAUUAACAUAUAAACAUGAGCACUUCAGUAGAUCCACGACGCAAGGAAAAGGUUAACAGGUAUAAACCCCCACAGAAUCAAGGCCAGGCUGCCAGUUCCAGCGAGGAUCUUAUGCCGGAUUAUAUGAACAUUUUGGGAAUGAUUUUUUCAAUGUGUGGCCUAAUGAUGAAACUGAAAUGGUGCGCAUGGUUUGCGCUCUAUUGCUCAUGCAUUAGCUUUGCAAGUUCGCGAGUGAGUGAUGACGCAAAGCAGGUGCUGUCAUCGUUUAUGUUAUCAGUGAGUGCAGUGGUCAUGUCCUAUCUUCAAAAUCCCUCACCAAUGACACCCCCAUGGGCUCCAUCUGCGUAGUGACUUUCCUGUAUACAUGUUUCAACAGACCAAAGACUUUCUAACCGGAUAAAUUUGUUUUUGCUGAAUCCUAUAUUUUGGCUGUAUUUCUUUAUUCAUUCUGAACGUUUGGAAUAAACUUUUUCGUUUACUUUUCUUUAGAACGUUCCUGAUGAUAUGUUAACGCAUAUUUCAAACGCAUUGUUUAUUCCGGCUGUGAAAAGGGAUUAUACGGAAUGUAUAAAGAAACGCAGCCAUUGUGUCUUAAAACCCAGAGUAACCUAUCUAUAAAACAUAAAUGAUGAACGUUCGAGUUGCAAUCACAACUGCAGUGUUGCGCGAAUUAUUAAAGUAUAGCGUUCUGUGUGAA